AAUCGAUUUAUUGGGAUGGGGAAACCCCCCGUGGGGCAGGGAGCUGCUGCACUGCGAUUGGUUUCCUCACCAAUUAGCGGCUAUAAAGCGGGUUGGUGCUCAGGGGCGGGCACAGAUUCAGGCAGCGCGAUGGGACAUUGGUUGGUUUGGUGUCUGUACCUUUGGGCCGCUCGGCCCUUCCUGGUCUCUGCUGUGUGUCCUCCGGAGCCGGGCUGGAGGCUGCCGUGUGGCCUGGCCACUAUCAACAGCACUGAGUGCAUCAAGCAGGGCUGCUGCUUUCAGUCCCCGAGUCUCAGUGGGCAAUCCUGUUUCUACAACCUGAGAGACAGCCCAGUGUGCACAGCAGAUGGCCAGUUCAUUGUAGCGAUCACCAGGAACCUGACCCGUCCUGCCCUCAACCUGUCCUCUCUGUACGUGAAAGAUGGACAUGAAGCUGAGUGCAGGCCUAAGCUCGUCACAGCAGAACUUGUAGCCUUCCGCUUCCCAAUUACCUCUUGUGGCUCGACCCAAUGGGAGGAGAAUGGGAGCUUUGUGUAUGAAACAGAUGUCUUGGGGAAGAGGAUGAUUCAGACGGGGCCACUGGGCUCAAUAACCCGGGACAGCACCUUCAGACUGCACAUCCAGUGCAAGUACAAGGGGGAGCAUGAGGCAGGCUUACAAAUCAAUGUCUCAGUUUACACCCUCCCUCCACCACUAGCGGCUUCUGAAGAUGGGAUCCUGAGGCUGGAGCUGCGAAUAGCAACAGAUGGCAGUUACAGCUGGUGGUACAGGGACAGUGACUACCCCAUUCAGAGAAUCCUUCAGGAGUCGGUGUUUGUUGAGGUUCGUGUGAAGGAUCGCACUGACCCAAUGAUAGUCCUGAGAUUGCGUGACUGCUGGGCAACUCCUGUGCCAGCCCCUGACCAUGAGGUGCAGUGGAGUCUCCUGGUGGAUGGGUGUCCCUAUGAAGGUGAUGACUAUCUGACCCUCCUACACCCAGUAGGUGUCUCUUCUGGCCUACAGUUCCCAACCCACCACAAGCGGUUUGAAGUGAAGACGUUUGUUUUCUUGGAUGGAGUGUCUGAGCAGCCCCUCUCUGGACAGGUUUACUUGCACUGCAGCGCUGAGGUUUGCUCUCCCUCUGCUCUGGAUGAAUGUACACCCAGAUGUGGUCCAAGGCAGCGCAGGAGUACCCAUGACCAUGAGGGGACAGUAGUGAAUGCACCUGGCCCAAUCUUCCUAGGAGGGAGCAGUUACACUGCAAAGAAACAACUUGAAGCAAAUGAUGUUGCUGGGACCCCCUGGGUUUUGCAUGGAGCAGCUAUUGGCCUCCUGAUAGUGUCUCUAUCCCUGCUGGUAGUGAUGGUUGCAAUGUACAUGAGACCAAGAGCUGUUGCUGUUUCUCCAUGUGAUGAAUUGUAAACCCUGAACAAAUAAAUCUGGGGAAAUGUG